AUGCGUCUCGUCGCCGCGCUGGCCGCCGCCGCGAUCUAUUCGGCGGCGGGCCAGAGCCUCGAGCCGGGCUAUGCCGACAUCAACGGCGGCAGCCUCAUUCGCGUGCACCUCGCUCUGAACGUGUCUGAGGACGCGGCGAGUGAGCUGCGUUGCCGGUUCUCUGGACACGCUGUGCCUGCAGUGCUGCAUCCGGACCGCUCGUCCGUGAGCUGCAUGGCGCCGCCGGCGCCGGACGGCCGCCCCGGCAGCGUCGGCGUGAGCGUCACCGCGAUGAACCGCCCCUUGGGCAGCGAGCUGAUGCUGGCGUACUACGACUCGGUGUCGCUGCCGCGGCUGUCCUCGGUGACGCCGCGCGCGGCGCAUGCGGGCAAGCCGACGGAGGUGCGGAUCCGCGGAUCCAAUUUCGCGCCCGUCGCGCCCGGCGAGAUGAAGUGCCGCUUCCGCGGCGAGGGCCUCACCAACGCCAGCUUUGUGUCGCACGAGGAGAUGCUUUGCCUGUCGCCGCUUGCCGCCGACGACACCGAUGACCUCUCGCGCACGGUGCCGCUGCAGCUCUCGCUCGACGGCGACCUCUUCUCGCUGAUGGGCGAGGUCGAGUUCACGAUCGAGUCGCACCUGCCCUCUAACGUCACCGCCAUCGUCCCGUCGCACGGCCCCACUGACGGCCACACCGAGAUCGAGGUGCACGGCGUCGGCUUCCACCCCUUUAUCGAGGACGGCGAGGAGGUGCCCAUCGCGUGCCACUUCCACAACGACAACCGCUGGCACCGCGAGGUGGCCGCCACCUUCGUCUCGUCGCACUUGGUCAAGUGCUCGACCCCCUCCUACACCGAGACCGACUCGGACGGCUGGCACGGAGACGUCGCCCUCUCCGUCGGCCCGAUGGGGCAGCAGCACGGCACCUGGCACGAGGAGUCCAACGAGGUGCUCUUUGGCUACUACAUCCUCGGCGGCCGGCCGCUCCCCCUCUCCCUCUCGCCGGCGGCGGGCGACUUUGGGCACCCGCCCGCGCUCUCGCUCGAGGGGCAGGGCUUCUCGCCGACGGGCGACGACCUCGCCUGCAUCUACGGCGACCCGUCGGGCGACACGACGACCGCCGCCUCCUUCAUCUCGGCGCACGAGGUGCACUGCGCCGCGCCGCACACGCUGCCGCUCGGCGCCAUCGAGGUGAGCGCGACGACGGACGGCGGCGUGCACAUCGGCCCCGACCCGGGCAUGCACCCGAACUACAAGCCGCCGCAGCUCGUCGUGUACGACGCCUCCAAGCCGCCCGAGGUGACCGGCGUCUCCCCCACCUGGGCGCCCAUCAACGGAGGCACCGAGGUGGUCGUGCGCGGCACAAACCUCGCGCCGACGCACCGGCUCGCCUGCGUGUUUGAGCGGAACGGCGUCGCGGCCGCCACCUUCCUCAACGAGACGGCGGUCUCGUGCCCGACGCCGCUCAACGCGCGGAUGCUCACGCUCUGGGGCGACAACUUCGCGCCGCACCUGAGCACGGUCUGCGUCUUCACAAUCGAGCCCGAGGACGAGGGGGAGGAGCGCUUCACCGCCGCAUCCGUCGCCGAGUUCCGCUCGGCCAACAAGAUCAAGUGCGAGUCGCCCUUCUCCGGCGACGCGCGCGGCACGGCGCGCGUGCAGGUGUGGAACGCCGACGUGCCCCGCGGCACCGACGUGGUCCGCGCGGCGCUGCGCACGCUCGAGGAGGCGCAGACCCGCGACCAGGGGCCGCGCCUCUCGACCACGGCGGGCCGGCUCACCUACUACAACCCGGACGAGCUGCCGCGCGUGCGGAGCGUGACGCCCGACUUUGCGCCCGCCUCGAACGACUACGGCGGCCACCACGUCACCGUGCGCGGCUCCAACUUCGCGCCGGUGGGCAACACGCUGCUGUGCGAGUUUGGCGAGACGGGCACCGAGACCUUCGUCGCGUCGGUGCACGCCUCCUUCAUCAACGGCUCCGCGCUCGGCUGCCACAUCGCCUCGAACCUCAUUCCGGGCGACAUCGGGAUCCGCGUCUCGCUCGACGGCGGCAAGAGCUUCUCGCUAGAGUCGGCGCGCUUCACGUACUACGAGCCGCAGCACCCGCCGAUCGUGACCGCCGUCUCGCCGCGCGAGAUCGACCUCGCCGACCCGCCGCCGCACCUCGUCGAGAUCCGCGGCCAGAACUUUGCGCCCACCGCCAACCUCUCGUGCGGCUUUGGCGCCGCGCGCGAGGUGGGCGCCAACGCGCACUUCGACUCGUUCCACCAGAUCAAGUGCGAGGUGCCGCCGCUGGCGUGGGAGCACAACCUCGUCGACACGACGACCGACGGCGUGCGCUGGUCGGGCCAGUCGAUGAUGUGGGACCCCAACGCCGACGAGAUGCUCGGCGACAGCGGCAUCAAGAAGGUGCCGCACCCGGGCCACAUCGUCAUCUUCAACUCGUCCAAGACGGGGCUGCUCGAGUCGGUCUUCCCGACCGCGCUCAAGAUCGGCACCGCCAAGCUGCUCACCAUCCGCGGGUACAACCUCUACUCGAAGGCCAAGUCCGGCCGCUGCACCUUCACGCCGCACGACCGCUCCUUCGGCGUCGACGUGCCGGAGCCGACCGCCGCCACCGCCAUCGACGCCGAGCACGUGCAGUGCGAGGCGCCGCACGCGACGGAGCCGCAGACCCUCUCCCUCUCGAUCGAGCUCGACGGGCACGCGGGCGGCUUCAAGGCGGCGCCCGGCCCGCUCGGCGACGGCCACCUGACCCUCUCCUUCUACGACCCCUCGUACCCGCCCGGCAUCGACGACUCGGCGCCGCACUUUGGCGAGCGGCACGAGCCCUCCGUCGUGCGCCUGUUCGGCCACAACUUCGCGCCGGCGUACGCGUACAAGGACGACGACCGCAUCCACCACGCGGGCGUGCUCAUGUGCCGCUUCGGCAAGCUGCACUCGUUCACGCACGCGACCUUCGUCCACUCGCACGCGGUGCUCUGCCCGACGCCGUACACGGAGCACCUCGGCCACGUCGAGCUCGGCUACUCGUACGACCACGGCCAGAGCUGGGUGCCGACGCCGGAGCACGUCAACUACACCUUCAUCGACUCCGACUUCCCGCCCGAGAUCAAGUCGGUCACGCCGAACGUCGACAUGUUCGACGGCGGCGCGCUCCUCACGGUGCGCGGCGACAACUUCUACCCGGAGGUCGACGACUCGGCCCUCCACCUCGCGCGGCAGCACAUGGAGCACGGCCACCAGGUGCUCGCCGGCUCGCUCGGCGGCUUUGUGCGCGGCUCAAACACGCAGCCGCUGUUUGGCCGCCGGCUGCUCGAGCUCGCCUCGCGCCUCACCUUUGCCGACCCGCCCGCGCGCGAGAUGACGCCGCCGCACGCCGACCCGUCGGGCGGCUGGGGCGCCGUGCUGCACGCCGACAUGUCGGCCGAGGAGCACACGUCGCGGUACGAGAAGCUGCUGCGGCGCGACGCGCACGGCGCGGUCGACUACUCCAAGGGCAACGAGCUGGUCCCCGCGGCCGAGGCCCACCCGUCCUCCGGCCGGCAGCUGUCGCGCCGCGAGCUCGCGAUGGUCCCGCAGCAGUUCUGCCUCCUCUCCAAGCCCAACGGCUGGCCGCUCGCCAUGUCGGCCGCCACCUUCAUCUCCGACACCGAGGUGCGGUGCGAGUCGCCGCGCGUCGAGGACAAGUCGGUGGCGGACGUCAACUUCCACCUCAUCUCGAAGAACGGCGUCCGCUCGCUGCCGCUCCCCUUCACGCUCUGGGACCCGGACACCAACCCGGCCGUCACGUCCGUCUUCCCGCAGGGCAUCCCCUUCGGCACGGCCGCCAGCGCGCUGGUGCAGGUGCGCGGCAGCGGCUUCGCGCCCAUCGGCGAGCCGAUGUGCCGCUUCGGCGACGACGGCGAGCCGACGCCCGCCACGAUCGUCCGCUCGACGCUCGCCCUCUGCAAGACCCCGCCCGACAGCGGCGGCGCCGCGCGCUCGGUGCCGGUCCGCGUGACGCGCGACGGCGCAAACUCCGAGUCGGACGAGGACACGCUCUUCUCCUUCUACGACCCGACGUCGCUGCCCUCGACGGUGGCGGCGGUGCCGCCCUACGCCGACCGGCACGGCGGCCAGACGGUCGUCGUCUCCGGCGCGGGCAUCCAGCCCCUCGGCGCCGAGCUGCUCUGCCGGGUCGGCGGCGAGGACGGGAUCGAGGUGCCCGCCGAGUUCAUCUCGAUGGAGAAGGUGCGCUGCAUGCUGCCGCCCGCGCCGGCCGAGUGGGACGGCGAGGAGGCGUGGGCGUCGGUCUGCGUCGUGCACGCGGGCUCGGCGCCGGCCGGCUGCACGGCGCACGUCGAGUUUUACGACCCGCACUCGCCGCCGGUGCUGCAGAAGCUGGCGCCGCGGCUGCUGCCGCUCCACUCGGAGACGGACGAGCCGCUGCACGUGUUUGGGCUCAACAUGGCGCCGAUGGGCGACAAGCUGCUCUGCUCCUUCGACGGCGGCUCGCCGGUGCCCGCCUCGUUUGUCAAGGGCGACGAGGUCAAGUGCACGGCGCCCGACAGCUCCGAGGCGAAGGCGAUCUACGUCUCCGUCUCGAUCGACGGCGGCCAGCAGUUCUCCGAGCCGCUCCCCUUCGUCCGCUUCGACAAGGACAGGCCGCCGAUGCUCAAGUCGCUCGACCCGCUCUACGCGCCGCUGCACACGCCGGUGGAGGUGACGCUGUACGGCGACAACUUCGCGCCGACGCCCGACUUCCGCUGCGUCUUCGGCCACCUCGAGCCGACUCCGGCCACCUUCAUCUCGCCCAAGGAGGCGCGCUGCUUCUCGCCCGACAUCGUGCACGACCCGUACACGGCGUACGUCAAGGCGGAGCUGAUGCCGGACGGCCCGUGGUCCAACUCGAAGCCCUUCACCAUGUACGACGACACGCGGCCCCCGCACGUCAAGAACUUCUCAAAGCACUGGGGCUCGGUCGACGGCGGCGAGAUCACCGACCUGUUCGGCGACGACUUUGCGCCGACCGAGCACCUGCGCACGCGCUUCGGCGCGGAGGACUCGCAGGUGGUCAACUACGGCCCCGCCACCUUUGUCACCGUCAACCACAUCAAGGUCGAGAUCCCGCGCUACCACGAGCCAGCGACGGUCGAGGUGUACGCGACCAACGACGGCGAGGAGUACGGCUCGGGCAGGGACUGGUACGACCACAAGCCGGUCAUGUACACGUACUACAACCCGCGCGAGCCGCCAAAGGUGUACUCGAUGGCGCCAAAGUACGGCCACCACGCCGUCGGCACGGUGGUGACCAUCAACGGCUACAACUUCGCGCCCAUCCCGGAGCGGCUCAACGUGCGGUGGGGCUCGCUCGGGGAGGACCAGGCCACGUUUGUCGAGUCGGGCACCGUGCUCGCCAUGUCCAUCCUGCCCUCGGCCGAGGUGCUCUCGCUCUCGGUGCCGGUGCAGGUUGCGCCCACCACCAUGCUCGUCCCGCCCGAGGCCGAGUGGAUCACCGAGGACCUCUUCACGUACUGGCAGCCCUACCUGCCGCCCGGCCUCUCCUCGGCCUCGCCGACGGAGGGGGCCUGCUUCAGCGGCGGCCGGAAGGUGGAGGACACGCGCACGUCCGACCUGACCGAGGUCUCCAACGAGGAGACGGUCGAGGUCGAGGGCUUCAACUUUGUGCCCGCGGAGCACCUCUCGUGCGUCUACCACCACGUCGGCGGCUCGGGCAUGGGCGGCGUCGACGACUACCAGGUCUUCCUGCCCGGCAUCUUCGUGCGGUACGACAAGAUCCGCUGCCCCAUCCCGACCAUCCGGUACGCCGACGACGGCACCUCGCUCUCGCGCAUCAUGUGGCUCACCGUGACCAACGACGGGAUCACGUACCGCUACUCGCACACAAAGUUCACAUUCACGGGCGAGUGCCGCCCGACCAAGUUCACGACCAUCGUCUUCGGCCUCAUCACGGGGCUGCUCGUGCUGCUGCUCGGCGCGUGCCUGCUCGGCGGCGGCGGCGGCGGCAAGUCGCAGCCGCAGACGCGCGACUUCCGCUUCCAGCAGCUGGACGACGACGAGCCGGCGCCGCCCCAGACGACCGGGCCGAGCCGGCUGGACCAGAUCAAGGCGGGCACCGCGGGCGCGAUGGGGAGCAUGGCCAACAUGGCCAAGGCGGGCGCGCAAAAGGCGAAGGCCUACUCGGAGCAGCUCAAGCAGCCGCCCGCGCCGGCGCCGCCGCCCGCGCAGAGCACGCCCGCCGCGACGCGCCAGUUUGCGGCCGCGCCCGCGCCGCCGCCGCCCGCGCCGCCGCCGCAGCAGUACACCCCCGCGCCCGCGCCGGCGCCGGUGCCCGCGCCGGUGCCCGCGCCCGCGCCCGCGCGCGUGCCGUCGGUGCCGGCCUCGCCCGCGCGGGACCCGGAGGCGAGGCUCAAGCAGCAGGGCACGCUGACGGUCCACGUCAAGGAGGCCAAGAACCUGGUCGGUCGGGACAAGGCGAACCUGUCCGACCCGUACGUCGCGAUCAAGAUCAAGGGGCAGAAGACGUGGAAGUCGUCCGUCUUCAAGCGCAACUGCAACCCGCAGUUCGACGACCGCUUCGUCGCCAAGGGCACGCUCGGCGACUUUGUCAACUGCCUGAUGCUGCUCAAGGUGAUCGACCGAAACACGAAGGAGCUCAAGGAGGGGUACGGCGGCGAGAAGUCCGACUCGCUCGGCGACCGCUCCCCCCCCGCCCGCGCCCCCUGCCCCGCCGUGCGCCCCUCUUCACGCCCCUCCGCACUGCUCACAGGCGACCUCUCCUUCAAGCUAGACGGGCUGCGCACCCGCAACCGCGUCCCGUACGAGAACGUGGACCUCGACAUGACCGAGAGCGGAACCAUCUCGCUCAUCGUCACGUGGGAGGCGGACGAGCAGUCCCUCUCCAUCUGA